UGGAUGAAAUGAUCUCGCGAAGAUGGUGAAAACCGACUUCGGCCCAUUUCCCAAACCAGAGUAGCUAAGGGGGAAGAAAUAGUGCAAACUCCAUAAUAUGUGGAAUCAUAAUACAUCCGAUUGUGUUAAGCUGAAGGAUCAGAUCCAAAUCUGGUUAAAUAACGGUAGUUUGCAAGUAGAGGCGCCGACAACAGCAGCAGCGUUGGUGGACCUAGAUCCCUUCCCAGAUACCGGCAUCAACAUGGUGGACGUGGCAUGGGGUGAAAAAGAUCAGCAGAAUCAAAGUCCAGACCCCGCGGCUAAGGAUUUGAAAAGGGUUGGAGACAAAGUCGUGAAGCGGGAAUCCAAGACUCGUUUACCCAUCGUCCUAUGCUCGCGGUGCAAGGAAGAAUGUGACACUCAAGCCCUGCAUGAGGAAACAUCCCAGACUGUCCGUUUUGGAUCUCUGCCGCCAAUACGGUUAGUAUCAUCCUCUAGAAACUUCCAACCAUGCAGCCCAAGAGUACACAGUGGUUCAGAAACUCCUUCUCCAAGGGACUCAAACUUAUUCAAAAAGUUGAAGACCACGAGGGAAGAAGGGCAAGCAGAUAAGCGGCAAGGGGUUUUAACCAGACCUUACAUUCCGCCAGUGUCGACGUCCUCCAUCAAAGAAGGGAGAUGGUAUACACAGAAGAAGGGCAAGGCGGUGGAGAUGAGCUCUUCAAGGAAGAGAAAACUCCAGCGGAGGUUUGGAGAAGCAAAGCGAACCUUGGAAGCACUAGAUCAAGGACUGAUCAAACCAUCGCAAUUACUGAAACCUCCAGAAGAGUAUCAGAGACAAUUGGAGGCACUGGCCUCCAAGAGAUUCGUUUCCCCGCAAGUUCAGAAAUAACAGCCCAAAGUAUCGCACAAAGAGCAAAAGCCACGUGCCCCCAAGAGCAGCGCUCAGGAGAAGUCCCUAGUUCCCGCGAGGCAAGAACCGCCGCCAGCUCGUAAAGUCAAUGUUUGGCGGAGAGUAUCUCGCGAAGGAAGAAAUAGCGAGCCUUCCAUCUUUGACAGGCUGGGGGGCAAAGACAAUCGGUCUGCAAUUGUGCAGAAAGUUCAAAGCUUGGUGGUCGCUCUCCCAGAGGAAGUGCCAGCGGCAAAAUAAAUUUUAGAGUCACUGAACCAGGUUCCCAUGGUACAGGAGCACGAACAAGCCAAGGCGGUGAUCCCCGCAGAGGAAUCAUUGGUUGCUUUCAUGGUUAAACGGUUCAACGCCGAUAUCCCAACAGAUGAACCCAAGCUCAAUCUUGAUGAUGACAUGGACGAAACAGAAAUGGUGGAUACCUCUUGCAAUAUGGUUUAUGUGCUCCCUGCUAAGUAUGCCUUACCAGUCGCUGCGCAGGAAUACGUAGAAGCUGACGCGAUUGGAGAACAGCAGUUGCAGAUCACUUCAGCCGCAACAACGCAGGUGAAAGAAGCAGUGUUCCUUGAGACUGAAGAUGUUAACAGCAAGGGUUUCUUCAUGAGCUUCACAAGACCCACACCCGCCAUGGUGCAACACAUGCGACCUUUGUAUAUCACAGCAGAAAUUAAUGGGACUAAGGUCUGGGGGGCAAUGUUUGGACCCAAAAUGAGCAUUUUGGCCUGACAAGGCACGUCUUGGAGAAAUUGAGCCAAUGUCAGUGGCUCAAGCUAUAUAUUGUCGACAAGUUC